UCCUCUUUUGAUCUGGCCUGGCUGGCGCUUGCUUCGUUAAACCAAGACACCAAGUGUCCGACUAACUGCCUGCGGCUAGAGUCAGAAACACCAGUUCUUCAACGAUCCCCAGAAUCGUCAUUAAAUGCGUGCCAUCACCAACUAACGCACUUACUUAUUCUCACUUUGUUCACUUAUUGUAACUUAAUUUCGCUUCGGGAAUAUCCGGAUUUGUUCGAAUUUCGUCGUCUCCAUCACCGUCAUCGUCAUCUUCGUCAUCGUCUAUACUUGUCUUUCUCACUGUCAAAAAGACUUUUCAACUCGCUGACAUGAAGGACAUUUACAAACAGUUUCAAAAAGAUGGAUAUGUUGUUCUUGAAGAUUUUCUUAAGCCUGAAGAAGUAGAGGAACUCAAAUCAUGCGGAGAAGAAUUCACAACGAAUCUUCCUCCGGAAAAAGAUCGAAAAGUUUUCAAUACUUUAGGACUGCAGCAGAACAAAGAUCGCUAUUUCCUCGAGAGCGGAGAUAAGGUCAGCUACUUCUUUGAAAAUGAGGCCCUAGAGGAAGAUGGAAAGUUGAAAGUUCAUCCCAGAGUGUCUCUGAAUAAAGUAGCACAUGCUCUUCAUUGGUUGCAUCCAAAGUUCAAAAAAUACACUUUCGACGAAAGAGUGAAAGAAAUCGCUUUUCAAUUAGAAUUUCAAGAACCAGCAGUUUGCCAAUCAAUGUACAUUUACAAGAAUCCAGGAAUAGGCUCAAAAGUGGUCGCUCACCAGGAUGCAACAUACCUCCACACAGAUCCCGUGAACCUAGUGGGUUUUUGGAUUGCACUCGACGAUGCCACCCUGGAAAACGGAUGUCUCUGGAUUGCCCCAGGAUCCCAUCAAAGUGGAGUUCACAGACGUUUCGUCAGAAACAAGGAUCCGAAAUCCGAAGAACUUUUAGUUUUUGACUCUCCGGAGCCUUCUUACUCCCUGAGUAAUUUUAGACCAGUUCCGGUUCGAAAAGGAACUUGCAUUUUAAUCCACGGCCUCGUUGUUCAUUUAUCAAAUCACAAUAAAAGCGAGGCUUCGAGACACGCUUACACCUUCCACGUGAUCGAAACGAAACACGUGAAUUAUUCCAAAGAUAACUGGUUGAUGCCUCCCAAAGAAGGAUUUCCUCUACUCUACAGGAAUUAGGAUUUCCUCUACUCUACAGGAAUUAAGAUUUCCUCUUCUCUACGGAAUUUAGGAUUUCCUCUAAUCUAGAGGAAUUAGGAUUUCGUCUCCUCUUCGAGAACUAGGAUUUCCUCUUCUCCUAUACAAGAAUUAGGAUUUUCUCUCCUAUAUAGGAAUUAGGAUUUCCUCUACUCUAGAGAAAUUAGGAUUUCCUCUUCUCUACGGGAUUCAGGAUUUCCUUUUUCUCUACAGGAAUUAGGAUUCCCUCUACUCUAGAGGAAUUAAAUUUUCCUCUUCUCUACAGGAAUUAGGAUUUCCUCUCCUCUAGAGGAGUUAGGUUCUCCUCUACAGUGUAUUUUUUCACUAAAGUGUAGAGGAAACCCUAAUUCCUCUAGAGUAGAGGAAAUCCUAAUUCCGUUAGAGGAAAGGAAAUCCUAAUUCCUGGAGAGGAGGGGAAAUCCUAAAUCCCGUAGAAUUGGGAUUUCCUCUACACUACAGGAAUUAGGAUUUUUCUCUAUUAUACAGGAAUUACGAUUUCCUCUCCUACACAGGAAUUAGGAUUUCCUCUCCUCUACAGAAAUUAGGGUUUCUUCUACUCUAGAGAAAUUAGGAUUUCCUCUCCUCUACAGAAAUUAGGGUUUCUUCUACUCUAGAGAAAUUAGGAUUUCCUCUUCUCUACUUGAUUCAGGAUUUCCUUUUCUCUACAGGAAUUAGGAUUUCUUCUGCUCUAGAGGAAUUAGGUUCUCCUCUACAGUGUAUAUUUUCACAUAAGUGUAGAGGAAACCCUAAUUCCUCUAGAGUAGAGGAAAUCCUAAUUCAUGUAGAGAAAAGAAAAUCCUCAUUCCGUUAUAGGAAAUCCUAAUUCCUGUAGAGAAGGGGAAAUCAUAAUUCCUUUAGUGUAGGCUCUACACUACAGGAGUUAGGAUUUCCUCUACACUACAGAAAUUAGGAUUUCCUCUAAUAUACAGGAAUUAGGAUUUCGUCUCCUCUACAUGAAUUAGGAUUUCCUCUACUCAGGAGGAAUUAGGGUCUCCUCUACAGUGUAUUCUUUCACUAAAGUGUAGAGGAACCCCUAAUUCCUGUAAAGAAGAGGAAAUCCUAAUUCCGUUGGAGGAAAGGAAAUCCUAAUUAAUGUAGAGUAAAGGAAAUUAUCAUUCCUGUAGAUGAAAGGAAAUCCCUAAUUCCUCUAUUAUAUAGAAAUUAGGUUUUCUCUCUUACAUAGGAAUUAGGAUUUCCUUUUCUCUACAGGAAUUAUGAUUUCCUCUACUCUAGCGGAAUUAGGUUUUCCUUUACAGUGUAGUUUUCCCCUAAGAUGUAGAGAAAACCCUUAUUCCUCUAGAGAAGAAGAAACCCUAAUUUCUCUAGAGCAGAGGAAACCCUAAUUCUUCUAGAGUAGAGGAAAUCCUAAUUCCUGUAGUGUAGAAUCUACAAUAAAGGAAUUAUGAUUAUCUCUUCUCUCCUCUACGGGAUUUAGGAUUUCCUCUACUCUAGAAGAAUUAGGGUUCCCCCUGCUCUAGAGGAAUUAGGAUUUCGCCGAGGAUUUCUGUCUCGGUGACUUCGAAACAAAUCCGACUGAUAUUCAUACGAGACUAAUCUUCCGGCUGUGUAAAUUCAAAGCUUAUUUUAUAAUCUUUAUGUAAAAACGAAACAAUGUAUUUCUCCUAGUUGUACAAAUCUUUUUUAAUAAUAAAUCUCUCUUAAAUAGUUGAAUUUUUAACC